AUGUUGUUUUUGCUGCUCGCCGUGUCCGUGUUAGGCGACGGCGUGAAGGAAGACGAGGGCUGCCCCGCUCUGAGGGACGAUCAGCUCGUCCGGGUUCGCCUGGAUCCGGAGGAAGAUGUCCUCCGUCGUCCCUUCCACGCCGAGUUUCAACCCUUCUAUGCCACCACCGAUUGGGAAUCCCCCGAAAGGUUCCUCGUUGGAUACACGGUGGAGGUGGGGAACCCGCUGCACCUGAGCGCACACCCGCCGUCCCCCGAAGGAUGCGGCGAGCGAAGCAGGGCGAGGGACACGGCCGCUCCCAUCGCGAGCUGCCGCCGAGUGGCCGUCUCCGCCGGGUUCUUCGACACGAGGACGGGCCGCUGCUACGGGCACCUGGUGUCGGGGGGCCGAGUCGUCCAGACGGCAGAACCGUGGAGAUUCAACGCCCACUUCGGCCUCUUUCGCAACGGGUCCAUCUUCGUCGGGUAUGUCCGUCCCGAAGAGGUACGAGAAUGGCCAUUCAAAGAGCUGGUCGGGGGAGUCUUGUGGCUCAUUAAGGACGGAAGGAGUUUCUUCGAUCAAAGCAUAAGACUAGAAUGCGGGAAGACACAGGAGACGGGAAGUCUUAGAGAGUUCGCGGAGGUGAAGUCUGCCAGGGUCAUCCUGGGUCACGACGAGCGGGGUCAGGUCAAGAUCAUCGUGGUCGAGGGGAAGACCAGAAAGUUCGGCGCCACUCUCAAAGACAUGGAAAUCCUUGCCAUCUCCCAGGGUCUGGUGAAUGCAGUGAAUCUGGACGGGGGAGGGAGUGCUGCCCUCCUCCUCAAUUCCACACUUCUCAAUCUACCCACCGAUUCCUGGUAA